UGCUCUGUGCACGAGGGGCGGUGGGAGUGGAGAUGAAAGUGGGGGGCUGGGUCAGUACCAUAGACAGCUCUCUGGUAGAGGCACGUUUGGCUUGCAUUCCUCUCCUUCACGGACCCGAGAUUCGUAUUUUUGCGUGCAAAAAGACAUUUUUUCUGAAAUGAGGCGGCGCAGUGAUGUCAUUGAUCUAUUGAUGACUUUUACCUCCUGUUCAUCUUCAUUCAGCACGAGUGAGCAAGAACGUUUUAGACUCCUGUUUGGACCUUAAGUUUUUUUUAUGAGGAGUUUCCUUGUACGACUGUGGACAGGGUUCUUACUGUUUUGUGCGCAUUUUCUGUCUGCACCUGGAUUCCUCUUUUUAUGUUUUGUUUGGGAUGGAGCCUGCAGAACCAGUUCAUAUCCUCUUUAUGAGGCAUAUAUAAGUGUCUUCAAUACAACUAUGGAUCGGUGAUAUAGGAGCGUUUUCAUGGAACUUUUGCCACUCACUCGUGUGAUUUUCUUCAUAACAUUAUAAUAGUGUAAAAUAUAAAAGUGAGCAGCGUUCUUGGGGCUUUUUCGUUACAAUGGCGCUGAGCGGAAACUGCAGGACUAACCCCAAAGAGCAGGCGUCGGUCCAGAAUAGUCUCCCCGACGUCCUGGAGCUCAACGUGGGCGGCCAGGUGUACUACACGCGCUACUGCACGCUGGUGAGCAGCCCGAGUUCUCUCCUCGCCAAGUUGUUCUCCAAAAAGGACGCCUCCAACGACUUAGCCCGAGACCCAAAAGGUCGCUACUUCAUCGACCGGGACGGUUUCCUCUUCCGCUACGUGUUGGACUACCUGCGGGACAAGCAGGUCGUCCUCCCCGACCACUUCCCGGAGAAAGGUCGGCUCCGCAAAGAAGCGGAGUACUUCCAGCUGCCCGACUUAGUGAAGCUCCUCAGCCCGGAGGAGGUGAAGCAAAGCCCGGAUGACUUGUUCCACAGUGAUUACGAGGACGGCUCCCAGGGAAGCGAGCCGCGCCACUGCCCGCCGCCCUCGCUCGUCCCCGCGGAUAGGAAGAGCGGCUUCGUCACGGUGGGCUACCGGGGGUCGUGCACCGUGGCCCGCGAGGCACAGAGCGACGCCAAGUUCCGCCGCGUGCCCCGCAUCCUCAUCUGCGGUCGAGUGGCCCUGGCUAAGGAGGUCUUCGGGGAGACCCUGAACGAGAGCCGGGAUCCGAACCGGACCCCGGAUCGCUACACAUCCCGUUUCUAUCUCAAGUUCAGGCACCUGGAGAGGGCCUUCGACAUGCUGUCAGAGUGCGGCUUCCACAUGGUGGCGUGCAACUCGUCCGUCACCGCCUCGUUUGUCAGCCAGCACACGGAGGACAAGUUCUGGUCCAGCUACACAGAAUACGUCUUCUACCGUAAGUCAUCCAGUGGGUUCUGAGUCUUUGUUGCACAAGUCUGCCCCAUUUGGGUUGGACCUGGUUCUGUGUAGUCCAACUGGUCCUUUUAGGCUGAAACUUGGGUUCGGAAACGGUUCUGGGUCUGUACUGCAUAUCCGAACUCAAGUUUGAUCCUUUAAUGUUAUAUCUGGUUAUAAGGUCGAACUCAAUGGUGUCAAACUCAAGGCCCAGGGGCCAGAUCUGACCCCUCAACAUCAUUUUACGUGGCCCGCGAGGACAAUCAUGU